UAUGAUGACUCCACAUGGCUUGCUCUCAUGCAGGAUGAUUCGUCUCAGAGGGCAGCGCAAGUGCCCGCACCAGACUCUAAUGUCUUGAGCGCUGCUUCUGCUCACCUGGUGCCUCCAAACAUCUUCUCUAGUUCGCCAACCAGCUCAAGAAUGCUGAUUCCUGAGUUCCACAACAACAGGGAGGUGCAAGCCGAUGCCAACCCGAUUCGGAAAGGCCGAACCUACGCUUUUUGAUCCGAU